UCGAGUGGCGGCCGCGGAGGCGCAUGCGCGCGGGCGGGGCCUUGUCAGGUCGCUCUGACGCGUCGACGCCACGGCCCGGCCCGGGACCGGGCGGGCAGGCAGGCAGGGGCGCCGGCGGCACUGAUUGGACCGGACUCGUCUGCGGCCUCUCCCAGCUUGGGCCGCCGUUCCCCACCAUGUUCAACGUGGAGAGCCUGGAGCGGGCUGAGCUCGGCGAGAGCCUCCUCACCUGGAUCCAGACUUUUAAUGUUGAGGCACCAUGCCAGACUGUGGAAGAUUUAACGAAUGGGGUUGUGAUGGCCCAGGUUCUUCAAAAAAUAGAUCCAGCUUACUUUGAUGAAAAUUGGCUGAACAGAAUCAAAACAGAAGUAGGAGAUAAUUGGAGGCUAAAGGUCAGCAACCUGAAGAAAAUAUUAAAAGGAAUAUUGGACUACAACCAUGAGAUUCUAGGGCAACAAAUUAAUGACUUCAUCCUUCCUGAUGUUAACUUGAUUGGAGAGCAUGCUGAUGCUGCAGAACUUGGAAGAAUGCUUCAGCUUAUUUUGGGAUGUGCUGUGAAUUGUGAACAGAAGCAAGAGUAUAUCCAGACCAUAAUGAUGAUGGAAGAAUCGGUUCAACAUGUUGUAAUGACAGCCAUUCAGGAGUUGAUGAGUAAAGAGUCUCCAGUCUCUGUGGGAAAUGAUGCUUACGUUGACCUUGAUCGGCAGCUGAAGAAAACUACAGAAGAAUUAAAUGAAGCACUGGCAAUAAAAGAAGAAAUUGCCCAGAGAUGUCAUGAGUUAGAUAUGCAGGUUGCAGCCCUCCAGGAGGAGAAGAGCAGUUUAAUUGCUGAAAACCAGAUUUUGAUGGAACGUUUAACUCAAUCUGAUUCUAUUGAAGAUCCUAACAGCCCUGCAGGUCGUAGGCACUUGCAGCUGCAGACACAACUAGAACAACUCCAAGAGGAAACAUUCAGAUUAGAAGCUGCCAAAGAUGACUAUCGAAUACGCUGUGAGGAACUAGAAAAGGAAAUUGCUGAACUGAGACAACAAACAGAAGAGCUUACUACAUUGGCAGAGGAGGCUCAGUCUUUGAAGGAUGAGAUAGAUGUGCUUAGGCAUUCUUCUGAUAAAGUAGCCAAGUUAGAAAGCCAGGUAGAGUCAUACAAAAAGAAAUUGGAAGACCUGGGUGAUUUGCGACGGCAAGUGAAACUCUUAGAAGAGAAGAAUACCAUGUACAUGCAAAAUACUGUGAGCCUGGAAGAAGAACUAAGGAAGGCCAAUGCAGCACGCAGUCAGCUGGAAACAUACAAGAGACAGGCAGUUGAACUACAAAACAGGUUAUCUGAAGAAUCCAAGAAAGCUGAUAAAUUAGAUUAUGAAUGCAAACGACUGAAAGAAAAAGUAGACAGCCUCCAAAAAGAAAAAGAUAGAUUAAGAACAGAAAGGGAUUCUUUGAAAGAAACUAUUGAAGAGCUUAGAUGUGUACAAGCUCAGGAGGGUCAACUCACCACUACAGGAUUGAUGCCUCUGGAAAGUCAAGAGCCUUCGGACAGUUUAGCAGCAGAAAUUGUUACUCCUGAAAUAAAGGAGAAACUCAUUCGCCUUCAGCAUGAGAAUAAGAUGUUAAAGUUGAACCAAGAAGGUUCUGACAAUGAAAAGAUUGCCUUGUUGCAGAGCCUUCUUGAUGAUGCAAACUUACGAAAGAAUGAAUUGGAGACAGAAAACAGACUGGUGAAUCAGAGACUUCUAGAGGUGCAGUCCCAGGUUGAAGAGCUACAAAAAUCUUUGCAGGAUCAAGGUUCAAAAGCUGAAGAUUCAAUUCUUCUGAAAAAGAAACUUGAAGAACAUCUUGAGAAGCUCCAUGAAGCUAACAAUGAGCUACAGAAGAAACGAGCCAUUAUUGAGGAUUUGGAACCAAGAUGCAAUAACAGUUCACUCAAAAUUGAAGAAUUACAAGAAGCUUUACGGAAAAAGGAGGAGGAAAUGAAGCAAAUGGAAGAGCGAUACAAAAAGUAUUUGGAAAAGGCCAAAAGUGUCAUCCGCACCUUAGAUCCUAAGCAGAACCAGGGUGCAGCCCCUGAGAUUCAGGCUCUGAAAAAUCAGUUGCAGGAGUGGGACAGAAUGUUUCAUUCACUGGAGAAAGAGUAUGAAAAAACAAAAAGUCAAAGAGAAAUGGAGGAGAAAUUUAUUGUUAGUGCCUGGUACAAUAUGGGGAUGACUCUGCAUAAAAAAGCAGCAGAAGAUAGACUGGCUAGUACAGGCUCAGGACAGUCCUUCCUGGCUAGACAAAGGCAAGCCACAAGCACAAGGAGAUCUUACCCUGGUCAUGUCCAGCCAGCAACAGCAAGGUAGAGAAGCCUUGCCUUUAGAGAGAAAACUGCCCUGUGAUCCAGGCCACUUCUGUUGCAAGUGACAACGUUCAAGGAAAAUCAACCAGCAUCCGUUUAAUUUCUCCCUUGUUACUGCUAUUAUUUUACAGUUCAGGAAAGGGUUUUAUUAUGGUUUCUCAUUGUUCUGUAAUGCCCUUUGCUUAUAUUUUUUUGGAGUCCACCUCUCUCUCUCUGCAUUUUUUUGAAUGUGCCAAAGUUUUGAAAACAUCUAGAGGAGUGCUGUAUAAUAACAGUCUUAUUUGUAUGAAGCCUGGUGUCUUAUGAAAAGCCUCAUGUGGGCUGUGGAACAAUGUAAAUUUCCUGUCACAAUUGAUAUGUUUGUGACUAUAAGGAUUGUUAUGCUUUAUAAGACUGUCUUUGUUCAAAGGGAAUUAGGCUUUUUAUUUCAUGUGCUAACCUGUUGUUUCAAAAAAAUGCUAAAACCUCAUUACAGAAAUGCAUAGUAUAUAAUAUUAUUGCAAAAUAUAUUUGCUACUAAAAAACUUAUCAAAGGCAAAAAGGUUUGGGUUUUGUUUUUUUUUUUUUAGUCUCCUACAUGCAAAGUUUGCUCUUAUUCUUGGCAUUUAAUAGGGAAGCAGAAUGAUUUUUUUUUUUCCAGGUUUUUCUUUAUCUAAUGGUGUUACUCACUUUGCGGGCAGAGUUGAAUAUUUUCAAAUGGUUUGUUCCACUCUUCUUGGUCAAGUGUGUGCUUAAUAUAUGUUAUAAAAAGAUAGAGAAAUAUUUGGAAUGCUCUAAAAUGCUACUGCAUCAUCCAUUUUAAAAAGGACAUUUGUUUUAAAAUUUUGUAGUUACAGAUGAACAGUACAUAAUGGAUCAAGGCCCCAGUUAAUAUUAUUGAUGUUAAUAUAUUCCAGUUGUCAUCCUCUACUAUAAAACUUGCUUUUAAUAUAUUGAUUCAGGGUAUAAUUGUAUCAGUUGCCUUACUAAUGGUACCAGUGCCUUCAGGUGAGUUUGUUGCUGACUUUGUUGGAAACUGGCUGUGAUGUGUUGUACUGCCUUUUAGUGUGUAGCUGGUUAAUUCUACAUCACUCAUUGUAGCACCUUCAUGUUGAUUAGUAGGAUGGAGAGUGGCCCCUACUGUUAAUUUAGGUUCUGUUUCUACAAAGUUCUGCUUUUCCCCUGACAAAUUCUAUGCUCUCCCUAUUAAUUUUGCCAAAGAAUUGAAGAACACAGAGGACUUGAAUGUUAGUUGAAAGUUUCAUAUACAUACAUCUUGCGGUGAUUCAGUUUAAGACAUUUGGUUUAGAGAUUGUUUGGAUCCUAAUGCACGUGCAGUCUAUAAAAAAGACAUUUUCUAUAAAUCCCCUUAGAGAAAUACUAGCAUUUGUUAAUGAUCUGAGGGUCUGUGUUAAUUCACAGCUUGCGUGGUAUGAGUAAAGGAUGAUUAAAACUAGCGCACCUAGAUUGAAGAGUAAGGAACAGGACAAUGACUCUUUUAGGUACUGUUUUAUCCUUAAGUAUAUAACCUGUUGUAACCUGGAUUAAGAUGCAUACAGUAUGUGUCUGAAAAAAUUUAUCAGUUCUGAUAUUCUCCUACCCUACCCAGUGAUAUGAAAACAGAUGCUGAAGAGUAUUAACUGCAUUAUAGGCUUGCCUUUUUUUUCCUCACAUUUGGAAAAAAUCUCUUUGCUUGCUCAAGGGCUGGGCUAUGCUUGCAAAAUUAGAUAAAACUGUGAAAGCAUCUUCUUACGUGCACAGAAACAUGACAGUAUAAAGGAAGUUGAGGACAAUUUCUGUAGCUCAGUAGGGUGAUACUCAUUUUGCUGUUUAUUACUGAGAUAUAGAAUCCUAAAGGGACAAGAUGUCACAUGUGUUAUGUGGCAAGAUGACCACUGUGUGGGGGGGACGUCUUUUACUGAUUUUACUGUGCAAUCAUUCGUUCUGGUUCUUUGAAAAACUACCACAUGCCAUGUGUGAACAGGAGAAAGUAAGAUCACUUCUCUGAGGGAAUUUGGUGUUGUGGUUUGAGAUUACAGCAUUUUAUAUCAUCUAGAAAAAGAACCUAAGAAUGCGUAAAGCUCCCAUUUUUUUUUAAUCUGUCUGGCUCCAUAUGUUACCAAACUACCAAAGCUUAUAUGAGAAAGCAAGGAAUACCAGGGCCUUAAUGGGAAGUUUUAUCUCUUAAUUUUAUCUAAUGAUUUAAUUUCCUAUUGCUUUAGUUAAGCGCAGUCUAAAAUAACUUGAAUACGGUCUGCACACUAGAGUAAAACUACUUGCAUUUAUUACUUCAACAUUUUUAUCAUUUUUCCUCCAAAGGUUUGACGGCAGGCAAAUGCCCCUGAUGAUUAAGAGAUGAACAAAUGCUGAUUAGAAGCCUUCUUUAUAACUUUUACUUUCCUGUCCCUCAUGGCUUCUUUCACUUCUCAGUGAUUGCUGGCUUUUAUCCUCUGCUCUGUGGUUUUGGUCGGUCUUUACUUUUUUAUCUAAGAAAAGACACUGAAGUGUUUUUUAUGAUCCCCUUCAGGAACAUUAACAAUGUUAUUAUGUCGUAUCAUAUAGCAAAACAAGACUAAUAUUGAAUCAGUGCUUUACUGUUGCUCGUAGUAGUUGUUAGGCAGUAUUGAAAAAGAAUUUGUCUUUUGAGAAUUUGUGAACUUGUAGAAAUUCUGACACUACCCAGAAUAGUGUUGAAUAUAAAAAUCUAAAAACAUACUGCAGUCUUACAGCAAUAUGAUCUGUUGCUAUCCAGUUCCAUUACAUCAUUUGUUCUGUCUUCUAAUGAUGUUCAUCAGGAAUUUAAUUCCUUCAUCUUCAUUGUUUUACUUCUAUUAUUUGCUGCAUAAAUCAAUUCUUAAUCUCUGGAUGUGAAUGAUUGCAGAUGGUGAACAUCAUUAAGCUUUCUCUUUCACAAGAGCAGUUUGUUUAUUAAAAGGGUUCGACUUCAUUGUUUUCCUUUCUUGUUAUGAAGCUUGGAUGUAGUGUGUUAUUAAGGAAAAGGGGAGCUUCAAGUGUGAUGUCAGGGGAUAAGCACAUGUAUAAAUGAGCUAUCUAUUUGUCCUAUCUUCAGUAAUGAAAGAACAUAAUAAAAACCUGUAAAACAAAAUUCUCUUAGUACACUAGAUACUUCUAAGAAGCUUUUAAAAGCACUUUUUUGUGGGCAACAAGGACUAUUUACAUCAAAAUUAUAGAGGUAAUUAUCAAACCAAUGCUAUCUCGUGUCCUGAUACAUUACAAAAAAGCCCCACAGGUUGAGGUAAAAGAGUAAAGGUUUUACAGGGCAGCGAUAAAACAGCCAAAGAGUCAGUGACAGUACCUUCCUGAACUCUCUGCUGAGGAUCUGCCUAGAAUAUUCUUUCUGAGAAGUUUUAAUCAGUGCUAAUAAAAGAUAAUAGUCAAAUGGACAAAUAUUUUCGUUGUUCUGAGCUGAAACUUAGUUUCUGGUCUUAAAGGAUGUUUGUGCAGUCCAUGUCAUGGUAAUUCUGUGGAGAGUUAAGUUUUUAGCAUAUCUGAUCAAACAUUGUAGAAAAGAAUAUUCAAGUUCUCGAUUUUCUUGAUAGCAAGAUGUUAACCACUUGGAUCAUAACAUGUAUUUUCCAAGUGCUGUGAAAACUGAACUAAUCAAAUGUAAAGGUUGUAUGAUCUACUCACAGAGCAAAGGAAAAUAAACUAUAGCACACAUUUUAUAUGUUGUAAAAUGAAGUAAAUAUAUAAUGGCUACAAGAUGCUUUCCAUUAUCUCUUUGGAAAUAAGCAAAUGGUAAUCUCGUCCUGUUCUGAUGUCACUUCAGAUAGCAGUAAUGCUUCUGCAAGUUUUCUGUGGCUUUCUAUUCCUGUAGGGAGCGCUAGAAAUUUUGUAUUAAUUGUGUAUGAAAGAAUUAACAGUGAAUAUUCGUAUUACUGCUUUAUCGUGAUCCUAACUAGUGAGUGGCAUGUGCAGGAUGUCAAGAAGGUUUAAGAAGAUUUGACAAUUUUAAAGUCUCUGCUAUUUUGACACAUCUAAGUAGCUUUUGCUUCUCCUCAAUUCUUUAAUAUAUGAGACUAUUCACUUGGCAACCCCUGGAUGAUUUUUAAUGGGUUUGUCUUGACAUGUUGACAUUUUCUGUGGAUUUGGUAACUGGAAAAUAUUUUAAUUUCAUCACUUAAUUUUUUUCUCCUUAGUGAUAUGGAGGAAGACUGUCCUGAAUGUGGCUAGUUUUUCUUUUUCUUAUGAAGCAAAACAGUACCAUAAAUUUAGUCAUUUUAUAGAGAUUCUUAUUCUUGCCUGACAUUUUGAUUUUUUGCAAGGAUUGAUGAGGGAGGUAUUUUUGCACUCAAAGUCAGCUAUGCAAUACUGACUUUUUUUUUUUUUGCACAUUUGUUUUAGGUAGAAUGUGGGCUCAUGUUUUGUAACAAUAUUGUAUUGAUAAAUGUCAGUAUCUCCAAAGAAAGUUCAGCAAAUAUUGGAGACACUUUCCUUACAAAUAUUUUUCAAAAAUAGCUAAAAGAGGUUACUCUCUCAGGAAAUUCUUUCAAGUGAUGUUUUUUCCCUCUAGGCCAAGUAGUCAUACUUCAGGGGUGUCACCUACAGGGCAGUUUGAUGGCUGGAUUAUGAUUACUGUGAUCUCAGGAAAACAAGCACUUAUAUGAAGAAGCCCUUUCAGAAGCCCUUCCUUAGAACAACUGUAUUAGGUGGUCCUGACAGUAUGAGGAAUUAGAAUUCUGUUAAAAUGAAGAUGUGAAUAAUUCUAAAAAUUUAAAUUUUAAGAUCACUUAAGCAAGAAAUGUGAUGAAUGAGGUUUUGUACCUUAUAAUUGCACACAGCCCAGACACACGUCCCCUCCUGAAUGCGAGCAGUCCAAUUCCGAUCUAUAUUGCAAGAGCCCUAUGUUUCAGCUUUGCACCUUGCCUCAGGAGAAAGAAGUGAAAUAUUUUAUUAUCUCAUAGGUUGGUGUGGAAGCAAGUAAUGAAUCACACUUGUGCUUAAAACAUCUCCACAAGCCAAAUCAUAUUGUUGGCUUGUGACAGGUGUCAGCUUCUCGGUAGCAUCCUAGCCAUACAUCCAGCUUGUCACAUUCAAGGAAUCAAAAAAUUGUCCUGGCAUUACUGUUGGCAUUGCCUGAUCUUUCUUCCCUCCAGAAGUCCAUAAAAGAAGCAGAAGCUUGCCAGGGACUCUGUAGGCUAUAAGCAAAAACAAAGGGUGAUCUCUUCCAUUUAAAGAUGGAGAAAAUAGAUGCGAGCAACAACUAAGUAAAAAAAUCUGAAGAGUUUUAUGGUUUUUGCUAUUUUGUGUUUUGGCGUUGAUUUAGAAAAAAUGAAACAACCUGAACUUUUGGAGCUGAGUAGGGUUUUUUAUUAAUUUUGAAUUUCAGUUGAUAAUGUAUUAGAGGCUUUAUCUAUGUGAAUAAGGCAGAGGCUGUUGUUAUCAGCCACAGCAGCCACAGACUUUUUUGAUCUGGUACAGUGAACCCUCGGAGGUUUUGACUGUGCUGCCAGCUUCAUUGCAGCAUUUGGAGAGCUUUGUCUUUUUUUUUCUUAACUUUACUUUUGUGGAUUCUUUGAAAUAUCAGAACAGGAAAUUUUUUUAAAAUGUAUCGGCUCAUUGAAUUAGGUAAAGAAUGAAUGUUGGUUGAGGAGCUCUAGAAAACUUGACAAAUCAUACAGUCAUAGGGGCAUUAAAGCAACAACUGGCCGUUUAGCCAACGUAGCUUCCCAGGCAAAUUGUUCUGGUGUCAGAUUGUAGCCUAUGGAUCAGUAGGAGCUUGUGAUAACUGCUGUAAUUGAAGUCCUCCUCUAUUAGUUGCUAGGGUAUGGGUUUGUUGUUAACUUUACUGUGGCCCAGAUUCUGGCCUUUGCUGUAGGUCUUGCCAAGGUAAUGCAGGACUGUCCUGAUGUAGGUCUUUGUAUUAGUUGGCUGCGGUGCUAAUCAGGAAUCUCCUCUGCUCUGUGUAUAAAGUCAUCUCAGAACAGGCAUAUCCUUCAGUCACCAUAGCACUGCAUGUUGGCUCCAGACUGAAAGCAGGUUCCAUUUGUCAGAUAGUAAACAGUGGUAUGGUUAUUUUGUUGGUAUGAAAGUGGACAUUUGUCAGUGCUUUGAAGAACUGUUAACAGUAUAGUGUGCACAGAUCUGAAAUACUGCAAAAGCAAGUUGUUUUGACAGGUAUGGAAUAGCUUAUUCUGCAAACAUAUCUUGAAUCCAUAAUGAUUAUCCCUAACUUUGAGAAGAGAAAAUCAACAUAAAGGCAAAUUGUUAGUUUGUUAGCAUGUUCACGUUGUUACUGUGAUCAUGGAAAUGAGCAGAAUUUUAAGAGAAAAUCCCAAAUCGUGUAAUAUUUAUGGAGUAGCAAAAUGCUUGUAGUGAGACCAUCCGUCUUUCUAUUUGGAUUUGAAUGUAAAACUCAUUAUGUAAUUUAAAAUUUUGUAAAGCGGAGACUGUGUUUCUCAAUUGCCGUGGAUGAGUAAGCAGGAGAGUAAAGCUAUUUUCUGGAGGUAUCAGUGGUUUCAGGAGAGCUUUUAUUUAGCAGUACCAGUAAAAUCUUGGAAUAGUUUUAAGCAUGAUGUUAUAAAGCCACAAUUCUUAGAAUUUAUAGUCCACUUUGUAUUCUCUGAUUGUAAGAGUUAUAAAAAUGCAAAGUGGUGUUAAAACAGCCCUGGACGAUGCUAUGGUGAAAGACUCCUUUAAAAAAUCUAAAGAAAAUACCAUGGAGAAAGACACAGAAAGAAUAGGUGCAGAAAGAAAAACAAACUUUAGCAGUAGAAGCCAGUAAGUGAGAUAAGUUUAGGAAAUCUGCAGAAAGAGAAGUCUGGAGGCAGUUACUCCAAGGAAGAAGCUCUGCAGAAAUACUUGGGAAGAGUGUCUGGCGUUAGACUUGAAAGUGAGCGGACUGCAUUGCUCCUAUAGCUUUGGUGAUUGGGUUAUGAAGUACUGCUUACAGACAGCAGAUUGUAGGCUACAGAAAGCCUGAUCCAUCUUGGGACCAAACGCAGACUGAACAGGAAAAAAGUAGCUGCUAAAGGGAUGUGGCUGGUUUUGGUUGUGUUGGUUUGGUUUGGGUUUUUUCUUUCAUCAGAUUUGACUUGUGUGAGCAGUGCUCUGAAUUAAAAGUUUUUGCAUUGGUAGGCACCUCCGGGGCUGGCUAGGUUAGUGAAAAAGGCUGCCAUCCUUUCUGUGGCUUCAAUGAGCUGGAGUUCUCCCAAUCUUUUCUGUGUAUUGAAAAAACAGAAGGCAGUGGUGAGAGGUUAAGGAAGAUGGUAAGGGAUGGAUAACCACUUGUAACAAAGUGCAAGCAAUGAGAUUUGGCACUGAAUAUUGAAGGGAAACGGCCUCACUAGGAAAUGAUCCCCCAUGCUGGCAACAAGCCUUCACUUACAGCUGGAAUAUUUUGGACUUGCAAGAGGCAGAAGUAUAAGAAAGUCACUCCUCUAUAUGCACAUCAUCUGCUGCAUAAACUGUCUCUUUCUGAAGAUGCUACACAAGCAAUGAGAGUUUAUGCAGAGUGAAUUUACUCUCUCAUGUAUGGUAUCUUCUGAAGUGUUUCUGCAUCAAGAGGCACCUUUAAAAUAUAGUUAGUUCUGAGGAGUUCUUCAAGAGAAAGAAACUGACAGUUAUUUUAGAACAAGAUUACAAUUUCUAGUCAGGAAAGGGCACUGUCCCAUGAAUUUGUUACAUCCUUGAAAGACAAUGUACUGUCCUUCACAGUUCAUAACACCUCUCAGAAGAACUAUUGACUCAAAGAGAAACCUGUAACAUCAUUUCUGUUUAUGUGCAACAGGACACCUGAAGUGCUUCUAAAUAAUAAGUCUGAACUAAGUAAUAGCCAGGUGAGACUAAAGCAGUAGACUGUAUUAAUUUAUGCUUAAGAGAAUAGACAUGUGCCUAUGUAGCUUCAACUUUUAAUUUUUAUAGACUAUCUACAGUAAUCUUCAUUUUAUUAAUCCUGAACUCUGUAACUUUAUGCACCUAAGCAGUACCAAGCAAGCUUGACAGUGAUUAUUCAAAAUACACUCUAGAGGUCUGCUGCGAAUUUGUUGAAUGUGUUAAUUUUUCUUAAAUUUUUGUUCAAUUUGAUUUAUGUCUUUGUAUUUCUGUUUGUUUUUCAACCGUGGUUAGUAUUCUGGGUUGAUGAAUGAGAAAGAAAAAAAGAGGGAUACAAAAGCUGCAGGACUUGUAGCAGAAAGACAGAUUUUUUUGCAAUAACUCCUUGAUUUUAGGUAUAAGUAUACUUCUUUUAUCUAUUUAACCUGUUUUUUUCUGUCACAGGAACUGUUCUUAGAAUAAUUUUUGACCAGUGCAAUACUAGGGAUAAAGAAAUGGGGAUAAAAACAGUUUCCAUGCUUUUAUUUCAGUCUGGUGAAACUACUUUGCUCUUUGUAAUGUCACAGUGACUGCGAUGCAAAAAUGAACAGGUAGUGCUGUGCCAUGCUUUAUGGGGAUAUUUGUAUUACUUGUGGAAGCCAAAAGCACCAUAGCUGUGUUAGUAAAUCAUUCCACCUAUCUGGUUACCCUAGCCGAGAAAGAGGGUGCAUCAGCAGGGGUGGAGAAAUGUGCCAACCUCUCCAGUUCUCUUCCAAACUUACAUUCACUUUCACAGCAUUGUGGUGUGCUCCCACUCAGCUUAUUUUAACAAAUAUACGUAUAAUUUUCUUGUGAUUCAGACUUAUAUUUGCAUGCAAUGAAUAGAACUUGCCAGUGAUGCUGUUGUAGCCUCAUGCACAUGAGCUUUGAUGAAAAGUAAAUGCUUAAAGUCUUUGGCGGUGAUCAGAGCUCAAAGGCUCAGAGAGAGUCAUUAUGACCCGAUUGUCUUUUAGUAUAUAACCACAUGCAGUAUUGGACAGGCACCUUUCACUUUGUAUUGCUUUGUGUUUUUAACUGUUGUACUCUGAGACAGCAGGAAUGCUGGAGGAUUUUCAUUGCUAUGUAAACUUAGUUUCCGUAGCAGUGUUAGUUGAGAAUGGUGCCCUGAAUGACUUAACUCAGAAGUGUUUAAAUUUGUCUGAAUUGUGUCUAAAUUCACAUAUUGUUGAAGGCUGUUUUAUUGCUCUUUCCAAUUAUCAGUGUGUAACCUUCCUGUUAAUUUGAAGAGUUGCUCUGGCAAAGAUGUUUUCCCCAUGAAUUUGCACAACUCUAAGUAGAGACAGCCUUAUUAAACAGCUCUGAAAAAUACCUGUUUUGUUCUCUGGGUUUUUUUAAUGAAAAUACGUUGUCUGCUUUUUAACUUUCUUCUUUAUUCUUUUAUUUGCAGUGAUGUGGUUGCAUGACCUGCAGCAUUAUUGUAACAGGGACUGUUCAGUGCAUGACUUGCUUUUCUGUCCAGACUGCAUAACCAAAACUUAAACAGUUCUGCACUUAAGACUCAUGGCCAUCUGAUUUCCAAGGGAGAUCUACUUGCAGAGAAGCUUACCAUCCUGGGUAGUGGUUUUCCCAUUUCCCACUUCCAUUUACUCUUUCUCUUCAUAAAAAGUCUCCUAGGAGGCUAGAAGAGGGGAAAUCCAGUGUUCAGAACUCGACAGGAGGCGUCCUACAAAUUGACAGAGCACUGUCAGCUCUCCAUUUUAAUUCUGCCUGUCCACUCUGUUUAAUUCCGAUUAACAGUAUUAACACACAGACUUCCUGCGACAUCUUCAUAUACUGAACUAUAAAAAAAAUCUAGUCUUAAUCCACUUUUUUGGUUGCUUUUAAAAUUUCAGAGCACCUGCACCCUUAAAGGAUCCACUUUGAAUCUUUAAGUAAUUAAAGUAAAGCAAAGGAGGUGUUUUACCAGGAGAAAUGCCUAAUGAAUUGCUGCUUGGCAAUCCCAUCUUCCAUAGAAAACCAGGCAAGGUUCAUCUGAUAAUCUCCGACCCAGGCAAACUACCGAGCAGUAUUUUUGUUCACAGACACUGCCUGCCUCCUUGCUAUGUAUAUAUACAGUAUUUUGUGGCUGUUGUAUUUUUUGUUACAUUUUAGCUGUGGUGUUGGUUUCUUUCAGAAACCUUUUUUUUGAAUCUAUGUACAAUUGUUAAAACAAUCCGAGGGAAGAACAUGAAUGGAGGUUAAGUAUGAAAGCCGUCUACACUUUCAGUAUUACACAGACUGUCCUUGUCAGUUUAUCAUUUUCGUCAUUUAUCUUAACCUGUACUAUUUUUUUUUCUUCUUCUUCUUGCAGUCUUAGCUAUUUGAUUUCGAGUUGCACUAGCUUGGCUCUUUUUUGCAUUAUGAAGUUUAGCUAUAAGAUUUGCCAUAUGUAGACAGUGUAACUCAAAAUGCUUUGUACUGCCUAUAUUAAUUUAAAAGCUGCUUGUUUAAUAUUCUUCAAUAUAUGCACGUUUGUACAACUGUAUCUUUGUUUUGUAUUGGGCAUCCAGUACUGGCAAGGUUCAGAAAGCGAGGGAAUGCUGUAGUGUUGUGAGUUAAGAGGUUUGUUGUCUAACUGUUAGUGUGUGACAAGCGUUGAAGGGGGCUUUUAGCCAUAGGACUUGCUGGAAAAUCUGAAGCAAAUCUAAAUCAUGAGUUCUGAAAGGGGUCUGGUUUAUGUCCGGUUCUAGAGAAGCCUAAUUCUUGCUCAGUUGGAUCUUUGUCCUGCAAAAAUAUAAACAUGUAAGAGCUCUGCUUAAUGCAAGAGAGGUUUUGCUUAUUCAGGCUGUAGCAUAACCGCAGCCCUGUUUACCGUGUGAGGAUCCCCAUGCUGGAGAAAUGCUGUGUCCAUGAGUCUCUGCAGUCACUCUGGUCACAAAGCACAGGGUGUGCCUCAUCCGUGGCCAGUCUGGGGCUCUGGGCAGAGCUGCACCUCAUGUGCUGAGACGCCUGUGUUCAGUCCUGAGGGAUCCUGAUACCCACUGUGUCAGCAGCAUUGUGCAGAAUGGCAUGGAGAAAACACAGAUCAUGUCCAUGUGCCACCUGGCAAAGGGAAAGGCAAGUAGGAAUGGUCUUCAAAGCAGACAGUGCAGGAGAAGGAAGGGUAAGCUUUAAGAUCCCAAAGAGAAGCGGGUGGCAUAUUCCCUUCUGGAUACUGUACCAGAGAGGAGAGCCUGUGCCUGCCAGGUGGUCUGGCCAAUGGCAGUCUGGAAAGACUCCCAGAGGGUGAUGUAUUGUUCCUGCUCCACCAGGACCUGUGACAGUGAAGUCUGAUGUGACCUGCGGGCUUGGUGGUGACAAAUCAGGUAUUCCUGCAGCAGAGACAGCAGCACUUUCAUCAGACUGAGUCCAGCAGAGAGAUAAAGGAUUUGUGUCUUUCCAGGUCCUACACAUCAAUCCCAUGUUAUGUGUCAGGGUAAGCGUUACUAGAAAAACUUCUUUGUUUGGCAUUAAAAGGCACUGUUUGUUUCUCAUUUGCAAGUGCUGCUCCAGCUGGGACCUCACCCUGCCCCAAGCCAGGCUGGGUGCAGGAUCCCUGAGAUCAGGGGCUCUGUGAAGGGCAGGAGGGGAUGGCUGUGUUUUUUAUGUACCUGCCUGCACGGGUGUCCUGAGGGGAAGCCGAGCAGCCCCUCAUUUCUCCAUGUGGUCUGUGCAAAUUAGAGACUAAGUACUGGUUAUUCUUGAGCCUGAAGAUAUUUGUAUGUAAGUCUAUUUAGCUUAACAAAAAUGGUUUAGAGUUCACUAAUGCAACAGAGAGAUGUGAGACAGCUGCUUUAAUCAGAUGGCAUCUCUGUUGUAACUAACUUCAUCUGCGCUGCAUAGAAAACUCUUUAACUUUCUUAAUAGCAGCUUGUUUGACAGUCCUGAAUUAAGUGUUGACCAAUUAUCAAAGUAACUGUUUGUGAAGUUGCUAGUGAUAUAUUUUCUGUAAAAGAAUGGAUUCCUGGAGUGUCAAAACAUUAAUUUCCCAUUUCAGUCCAUCUAUGAAUUGUUUAACUACCAGGUUGUCACAUUAGGGGUAUUAAUAUACAUAUCUGUAUAUAGAAAAAAAAAUACUCAGCAAUGAUCAUUGGAAUCAAAGGUUUAAUAUUUUUUUCCCAGUCAAAUACACUAAUGCUUCCAAGAUGACAGAAGAGUGUACAGUUGUUAAACAAGUUGUAAAUAAAUGCUUAUAUAAAAUGUAAA